AUGGUGGCAGCUGGUCUGAUUCAAUGGAAACUUUCGAGCGAUCCCUUCAAAACUUGCCUACCCGAAAGGGAAUGGGAUGCGUCUCGCUUAUCAGUGACCGUAAAUGUGACAGCUGUCAAACUUGUUAUCGUUCAUUUUCGCCCUUUGAGUUUGGGGAUUACUUCGAAAAACAGAGCCGGCUCGAGUGGAGAGGCUUGGCGGUAUCCAACCUCGGGAGAAUGUCGCGGCCAAGAACUUGAGAACUUGAGCAUGUCUUUUCCGCAGACUGCCACUCAUCCCACGGUCGCUACUCAUUUCAUCGCGCAUCAGUUGGCCAUGAAUCAUAUGCGUUUGUUUGCACCUCCGGGUAUAUCAGGAGGGAUCCCGCCACUCACUUCACUUCCAUGGACGAAUUUUCCAUGGGCUUUUCAUCGAAGCUUUGGUCGAGCUACGACGACCAUGGUGGCGAGUGAUGCCUCAAGGGUUCCUGAAGAAAGCUUUGGUGGAGCAAGACCAGCAGCUUGGACGCUUCCAGUGGCGAAUGAUGCCACACGGAUUGCCGAAGAAAUGAUCGCUCGAAGGCAGCGCGUGGAUUUGAUUGGAGAAAGGUUGAGUGCGAAUAACAUUCAACCAGUUUUGCCAGUUUCCUCUGCUCCCGCAUUUGUUGCUCCCCUUCCACCGGUGAUCGAUGAUACGAGUGCUUCAACGGAGGAUUUUCCAACAACUUCAGCCGAUCCGAAACCAAAACUCCGUGGCCGCCCUAGUGCUCGGAAAAGAGAUUUGCCAAAAGUUGACGAUAGAUUACACAAAAAGAACGGCACUCGUGUAAAGAAAAGGAGAGAGCGGACACCGGAGGAAGAUCCAGAGAGCUCAGCAGAGAGUGACACGGUCGACAUCGAGUCGAUGGAAGAGUUUGUAUGCAAAUGGGAAACAUGCGAGAAAGUGUUCACAACAAAAAAGCCCUUCAUUGAUCAUGUUCGAAACACUCAUGUCGAUCCAACUAUUGAGCACAGUUGUGGGUGGAGCGAUUGUUCUAGAAAGAAGCCCUUCCGAGCUCUCUACAUGUUGGUGGUUCACGUAAGACGGCACACUGGAGAGAAGCCACACAAAUGCGAAGUUCCUGGAUGUUCAAAGGAAUACAGUCGCCUCGAGAAUCUCAAAACGCACGAACGAUUUCACACCGGCGAAAAGCCAUACAAGUGUGGGGCACCGAAUUGUGAUAAGGCGUUCAGCAAUGCUAGUGAUCGAGCCAAACACACGAAUCGAACCCAUUCCAAUGAGAAGCCUUACGAGUGUGGAUAUCAAGGAUGUACGAAGGCUUACACCGAUCCAUCAAGCCUUCGCAAGCACGUUAAAACCGUGCACGGGGAUGAAGUCUAUGAAAAGUUGAAGAUGAACAAGCUAAUGGAAGCUGGUGGACGAUGGCCGAAAAAGAGCAAGAAGAAGGAUUGUGGCUCAAAAGAUCGAGAAAGCAACAGCAGCCCUGACUCUGCAGGACCUUCAUCGGAAAAUCCGGGCUCGGUGGAGACUGUUGGAAUAUACGAUCCAAACAAUAAGUCUGACCGAGAGGGUGAGACGAGUGCGAAAAAUGGAAAUGAGAAGCCGAUCAGUGGGCUUCGGUUCACCGUUGAAGGAUAUCUCACUGCUGAUGCCGAAUUGGGAGAAAUCGCAGAAUUGAAAGCAAUUGAGCUGGGACUUCCAGAAGCCAGACGUGAAGACAAUCAUAUCUACAGAAGUGCCAACUUUGCGCCGCUUUAUGAACAAACUGGACGCAUACGGGUUGCUGGCUAUGAAGAAGAUCAAGACAUAGCUGAGGAGAUCAUUAUCGAGGAUCCAAGAAAUGGAACGGUAACAAGAAUGAGAGUGUUGCAAACUGUGAUGAGGCCCCCUCCACCACCACCACAAAUCAUAGAUUCAUAUGAGGCACCCACAAUCACAGCUCUGGAUUCACAGCACCAAUCCCACAUGGGUGAUGUGGGAUUGAUGCAAAUGAAUGUGCCAGUAAUGCCCAUUCAAAUCCCUUCCGUCCAAUCUCAGCCAUUCAACGAACUUGAUGAAGAAAUGGCACAAAUCACUAGGUCAGCACAAAAUUUGAGAAUCGAUGAUCGAAUCAUUCAACAGAGAUUCGAAUCCCAUUUCGAGCCGUUAACUCCAACUCCAACUCCAACUCCAUCACCGAAAUCCAUUAUGGCUGUCGUUCCGGUGGCUACCGAGAACGAUUUGUUGUGUAGACAAAUUGAUGAUGAGACACCGCCAAUGCUGAAUGGAGACCCAGUCGAACAAAAUGAGGAUUAUUAUCUCAUUGAACAGCAAGAGAUAAUGCUUCCCGCUCCUCCUCAACCAUAUCUGGACACAGAUUCGCGCAAAGAAAUCAAAAAAAGAUAUCAAGAGGCUGAAGAAGAAGAAUUUGUUGUGGUACUACAUCACCAAGAGCCAAUCAGCGCCAGCACUUACCACGAGAUGGAUCUAAUCCCCGCUCAAACAGCAAUGCCCAUAAUGAGCACAGUUGGGGUGCAACCAACGCUCAUGGUUCAAUCGUAUCAGCAACAACUUCAACAACAAGCUUUUCAUUGCACUGAUGGUUUAGAAAUGAGGAUUUAUCCUCAAGAAAUGCCGAGAGAGAUGCCAAUUCUUGAUGGGCAGUAUCCUCAACACUAUCCACAACAACCCUUCAUGCAAGCAUGCUCGCAGGAGUCAACUCAAGAGUGGGAAGAGCCCCUGUGUGUGGAGAACGAGUCUGAGCUACGACGACAGUUUGAUGCGCUUUUUGAUAGCCUGCCAAGAAGCCAAGAACCGAUGUCAUUUUUGGGAGUGCCAUUGAAAACGACCACCGAGGUGGACCUAGUGAAACCUCUCAACACUUACAUCGAGUCGGUUUACAAUACAAGCGAAGAUAAUAAAGCUGAGAUCACCGAGGCUGUACAGGAGUUGAACAAACUUCGUAGCCGUGCCGUUUGCUCACCACUUGAUAAGCAUCAGUCAGCACUUGAUGUUCUUACCAGAUACUAUGACCAACUUGUUGCCAUCGAAAAUAAAAUCCUCAUCUCAGCCACACAAAAUCCUGUUGUCUUCAAAUGGAAAGAUGCUUUUGAUAAGGGAAGCCUUUUCUUUAACAAGGCCUCUCUUUCACUUUCUGAUGGUUCCUUUGAACGUGCCGCCGUUCUCUUCAACUGUGGUGCUUUGAUGUCCCAGAUAGCUGCUGCUCAGCCAAUGCAUACCGAUGAAGAAAUGAAGGCUGCUGCCACACUGUUUCGUCGAGCAUCCGGAGUGUUUGAUCAAUUAGCCAACCGCGUGCUUGGUAUGGUACAACAGGAUCCAACACCCGACCUUCUACCAGACACUUUGGCCGCUCUAGCAGCUCUGAUGAUUGCUCAAGCGCAAGAAACUAUGUAUUUCAAAGCCAGUACAGAUAAGAUGAAGGCAUCAGCGUUGGUAAAAAUCAGCGCUCAAACUGGAGAUUUUUAUGAACAAGCCUACAAGUUGAUGAGCAAGGAUACUGUCAAGGGCCUCUGGGAAAAAGAAUGGUUGCAAGUUGUUACCGGAAAAGGAUUGGCGUAUCAAGCACUUUCUCAGCAUCAUCAAGCAUCGGUUUGCGGUGAUGAAAAGUCAAUUGGUGAACAAAUUAGUCGCUCGGCAGCGGCUGUUAGGUUGAGCGAGCAAAGCAACAAGUACCUUGGGGGAGCGCUUUCGGAUCAUUUGGAUCCAAUUUCAAAAGCAUACACAGCAGCCAAGAAGGACAAUGACUUUAUUUAUCAUGAGAGAAUUCCUGAUUUCCGGACAUUACCCGCUCUUCCACGUCAUGCUCUUGCCAAAGCGGCACCAGUCGAGUUCCCGAUGAGCCCUCGGUUCAAAGAUAUGUUUUCUCUGCUUGUGCCUAUUCAGGUUCACAAUGCUAUGCAAACUUACGAGGCUCGCAAGGGUGAAUUGAUUACGAUGGAAACUGGUCGAAUGCGCGAGCACACUCAAUUAAUGAAUGGAAUUCUUGCUUCACUCAAUUUGCCAGCAGCUCUUGACGACGUUGUUUCAUCUGACACUCUGCCAGAAUCAAUACGCCAGAAAAGCUCCAAAGUAAAACAAUCUGGAGGUGUUGACGAGAUCAAUCGCCUGAUUCGUGAAUUGCCAGCCUUGUACAAGCGGAAUCAAGAAAUUUUGGAGGAAACGGAACGUGUCCUUAAAGAAGAAAAAGAAAGUGAUGACAAUUUGCGAACUCAAUUCGGAAACAAAUGGACAAGAAUGAGCAGCGAGCAGUUGACUGGUCCUUUGGUUCAGGAGAUUGGAAAGUAUCGAGGAAUUCUUCAUACUGCUUCCAAUGCAGAUCAAAUGGUUCGACAGAAGUUUGAGGUCAACCGCGUUGGUAUUGAAUUACUGUCCAAAAGCGAGCCUGAGUUGAAAGCUUCAAUUCCUGGGCAAACUCCACAUGUGUCUGGCGGUGGGGGAGAGGCUGUGACAAACCUUCGUCGUCUUAUGCAAGAAGUGCAGGACAUCAAGAUUGAACGUGAGCGCUAUGAGAAAGAAUUGAAAGCUGUGAAUUGUGAUAUUGCAAAUGACUUCCUUCAAGCUAUGUCUGAUAGUCAAUUGCUAAACGAUGAUCAAAUCUCAAAGGGAAAGAUUGGACAGAUUUAUGGCCCUAUUCGCGAGAAAAUUGAAGCCUCAAUCAAAAGACAAGAUGACAUUGUCAUGCAAAUCCAGCAAUGGAACAACAAGUUUAUGGGCGAGAAACAAUCGUCAGCAACGGGAGCAGAACGUGAACGCGUUUUGAAGGAUCUUGCAACUGGACAUGAUUCGUUCAUCGAAUUAAAAGCAAACCUUGAAGAAGGAACUAAAUUUUACAAUGAUCUGACACCGAUCCUCGUCAAACUCCAACAGAAAGUUUCCGACUUUGCUUUCGCUCGCAAGACUGAAAAAGAAGAUCUCAUGAAACAAGUGCAGCAAAAUAUUAUUGGAGGUGGUGCAGCAGCUGGUGGAGCGGCGGUUCCUCCUCGACCUCCACCACCGCGUCCUGCACCUGGUGCAAAUCCAUUUGAUGACGUUGAACCCCCGAUCCCCCCACCGCGCACAACUUUGAAUCAGAGCGCAGCUCCAACAGCCCCUCCACCAGCGGCUGCAGCUACUGCUACUGUGGCUCCACCACCAAUGCCACCGUAUUACAAUCACGCAACUCCAUAUGGUCAACCACAGCCAAUGUUCUACCAGCCAAAUUUUGCAGUUCCUUAUCCAAGUUAUCCGACGUAUCCAGGAGCUUAUGGGGCCCCAGUGUAUUCUCAUUUUCCACCAAAUCCUCAAGGUGGAAAUCCUUUCCAACAACCACAGCCUGGAUAUCAACCACAGCCUGGAUAUCAACAAAAUCCACAACAG